AUGAAGGCGGCCCAGGCCGCAGGCGAGGAGGCGCCGCCCGGCGCGCGGUCCGUCAAGGUGGUCCUGGUGGGCGACGGCGGCUGCGGGAAGACGUCGCUGCUGAUGGUCUUCGCCGAGGGCGCCUUUCCCGAGAGCUACACCCCCACGGCAUUCGAGCAGCUCACCGUGAAUCUGCACGUGAAGGGCAAACCUGUGCACCUUCAAAUCUGGGACACAGCAGGGCAAGUCGACUAUGACCGCCUGCGGCCCCUGUUCUACCCUGACGCCAGCGUCCUGCUCCUCUGCUUUGACGUCACCAGCCCAUACAGCUUUGACAACAUCUCUAACCGGUGGUACCCGGAGGUGAAUCACUUCUGCAAGGAGGUGCCCAUCAUCGUCGUGGGCUGCAAGACUGACCUGCGCAAGGACAAGUCGCUGGUGGAGAAGCUGCGGAAAAAUAGGUUGGAACCUGUGACCUCCCACAGGGGCCAGGAGAUGGCACGGGCCGUGGGAGCCGUGGCCUACCUCGAGUGCUCGGCUCUGCUCCAGGAGAACGUCCACACCAUCUUCCAGGAGGCGGCCAAGGUGGCCCUCAGCAGCCGCCGUCGCAACUUCUGGAGGCGGGUCACCCAGAGCUGUUGUGUGGUGACCUGA